AUGAGGUCAUGUCGCGUGUCCCAGACCCAUGAGAAGAAGGGAAUCAGUAGUCAUUAUGAAUUAUUGCUUUCAUUAAUAAUACGCGGUGGUCACUCAUCAUCUGUUUGUAAUCUCCCGAAGUUGAUCUCCAAAUUGGAUCUUCUGAAAAGAAGCUUCACAAACCAGAAGAGCACCACUCCUGCGCAGUUACCGAAGACGGAAGAUAUCUCGAAGGAAACGGUUAACCAGACUACACGCCAGCACGUCCGGUGUCACGAUGGACCACCUCCACCAUUGUCUUCACUCAAAUCAUACCAGACUCCCGAUCAACUUCGGAUUCCACAAGACCAACAAAUUCCCUCAAGGAUAUCACCUACCUACCCAAACAUAAAUCAGCUCAGCUCGUACGCGAACUCGGAGCAGUCCACUGAGUGUGAUUCGGCACCGCUGUCGGAAGGAGACCAGAUUUACCCUCCAUUCGAGGAGAUCCCCCCUGAUUUACAUAAUCAAAUCCAUCGCCUUAUUCAUCGGCACGAUGGCCUAUGUAGUACUCCUCAAGACACUGGAACGCAGCACACAGUUCAUCACUGCGCAAACCCAUGUCCCGUUGCCGCUGAUGCGGGUUCAUCGCAUGGUGACUUACCUCAUUGGGGCGACGUACAACACGGAACUCGAAAUUCACCUCCAGUGGGAAAGGAAAUUCUGGAAGCACCACAUGAAGGUUUUCCUGCGCCCCACUCCUUCCCCUUUCCUUUGUUCUGGAAAUCUUGGAAACGAAGGUUGGAUACCAGUGGCUUUAAUAUGCCGGAAACCUUGCCUUUGUCGCCCUUAAGGAAACAUCCGAUUGGUGAUCGGUGUAGGACCGCCUGGAGCGUGAACGGCUCAUGUGGAACCAAUACUGUCGGCAACCCAGGUUUCCAAUCGCGAGAAAGCACUGACCCGUCAGGGUCACAGUCUGAUCUGAAGGAGUUGAAUAAAAUGCCCACGCAAAGGAUUGGAAAUGAUCUAUCUGUGAUCGGCCAUUGGCAACCACACACUAUUGAAACGCAUAAAACCGGUAUUCGGAGGAGAAUCUCUCCCUCAGUUGUUGUAGAACAAGCUUACCCUCCAAAAAGGAGCUUCGACAUCAGCUGCCUUUUGGGUAUGGACGCAGAUGAAAAGAACUCCACUCUGUCUCCAAAGGUGUAGCACAGACAACCUAGAUGAAAAUUCAAGUAUCAGUGAGACAACAUAUUUAGCCCCCUAAUCUCAAAUUGUGAUGCCUGUGUCAUACUGUCUGUGGAACGUUUACCACUGUCGACAAAUACCUUGGGUGCAGCCAGCCCCGUCCCAGAUGUACAUAUUUGGAGAUCCUAAGCCGUGUGUGAUAAUGGAUCAUCCAGAAGAGUGAAGGAAUACUGGACUCCGCGCCCACUUAAUACUGUUUAUUGUGUACAGUUUUCAGCUGAACAGAAUUUGUAAAAUAUAAUAUUG